AUGAUCGUUUGGGUUCACCUGCCUGAGCUCAAAAUCCAUUUUUACCACAAGGAAGUCCUCACUAGCUUGGGAAACCUGAUCGGACGGACGAUCAAGUUAGAUUACCACACCCUCACUCAACAAAGGGCGAAGUUUGCCCGUCUCGCCGUUGAGGUAGACAUCUCUAAGCCUCUUGUUCCAAGAAUAUGGUUAGAUGAUGAUUGGCAGCCGGUCGAGUAUGAAAAUCUACCGGUCGUUUGCUUCGAAUGCGGGAAGAUCGGCCAUGCCUCCUCUGUUUGCCCUCUUCUACGCCCAGCGCCGAUCACGGAGAUUGGUGGAGCCGCCGGCGGGGAGAAGCAGGACCUCUCACCGGAAGGGACGACGGAAACCAACGCUGGUUUCGGGCCGUGGAUGCUCGUCUCGCGGAAAGGUCGGCGCAAUCAGCGGGAGACAGUCAACAAAGGAAAGCAAAGGGAUUCGGGGACCUUAACUCAGGCGAUCACACCCAAAAAUGGAAAGAAUGGACCAAGAAGUAAAGAGACGAGGGAGCCAUUUCCAAACUUGGAGCAGCAGAGCUCGCCACCUCCCCAACGGUCUCCGGGUCAAGAAAGGAAAGGGAAUGGAGAUACUCAAAAUGGAACGGACAAAAGGAAAGGCAAAGGAAUUAUGAGGGAGGAGGGGACGCCAACAGGUAAGGGGCUUCUCGGUCCAGGCCCAUCCUUGGGCUAUAUGACUAAAAACGGGCCUCAGCCCAUUUCAGAUUUUUUUAAGGCAGCCACGUCGAACAGUCCGCCUGAAGCCCCUAUGAACCCGGACAGUGGACCUAGUAGAGCAACUAAAGCCGGGCCUCAAGUCCAAGGUGACAAACCCAAAGUCCCUUUCACCCCUCCCUCAACGUCGGUGAUUACAGGCCCGAAUGGAACUGUUAUGCAAGUGGUUCAGGUCCUCCCACCUAACGAAACGUCUCCCCGACGGGUUGACCAAGCCACUCCGUCUACGGCGUCCAGGACGAAGGGGAAGAAGAGUAAUAAGGGGCGUGUGAAGAAAGGGUCUCCGGCCAAGCUCAACCCGGUCCGUCCGCUGCAACUCUGGUCGCCGAUGAAAGAGAAGAAAUCAAAGCCGAGAACCCGGAUGGCCUCGCUAACUCUGAAGGAGAUUUCUGCCUGGACGGAAGCGGCGCAUUCUUCGACGAAGAGCUCGGCGAUGAAGGACCCUGCGGAAGUUGCGAACCUGGAGCGGAGGAUUGGAGAGCCAAUUGGAGAGCCGUCCCCUCCCGCUGUUUAA